UGUGCUGACAUUUCCCAGUGAAUUGUAGCAAUUGGCGGCAGUUGCGUGGAAUGUCAAAACAGUAGUGCAGUGCGCUGAGUUAUUUCAAUUUUGUUUAUAGCAUUUUUUACACCUAUUAGUUAAUUAUUUUAAGCCAUGCCAAUGCAUUGUGCUGUUGCUGACCAUGAGCUGGUCGAUGGCUGCUUUGUGGAGGAUCCAAGACAUAUAAAAUUCAUAAAAAAGAACUUUAUAGAUUUUCGUCCGCGCUCACAAAUUUGUCGAACAUGCAAAGCGGGCAUGGAGUACAUGUACGAGUUGACCAUACAAAAAAUCAAGAAAAAGAGGAAUCAAUCAGCUCAUGAUGAAUUAAGUUCCGUUUCUUCGCUACAAACUCUUCGACGGUCGCGUUCGUUGUCAUUGCAAUCAAAUGUAUCAAACGAUUCCAUUGAUGAUCUACUGACUAAGACUCCAGCUCAUCAAUCAUUGAAUAAAAGUUCAUCAAUUACUAAUGGUUCGGUUGGCGCCAAACCGACAGAUGUAGAAUCGACACCAUAUAUCCGAUCAGUACUUGUGCCACUUAAUGGACAAGAUAGUCCACAGAGUGCUUCUGUGCGGAGAAUAUCGAAAGAAGUUCCAGCUUUUACACCAAAUCAAUUGAAUGUGACCGAGCAAAUAGUAUUUACGCCAACUGUAUAUACGGAAGAUACACCAGCGGCUCCACCAGUGGCCAGAAGAAUUAUGGGACAAGAUGCAAAUAACAAUAUGAAUAGUUCUACUUCAAACUCCUCGGCUGCCCGAAGAAUAAUGGUACAAGAAGCGAAUAAAAAUGGGGGCAAUGAAUCAACAAGUCAUAUUCGAUUAUCUCAAGAACCUACAACGAGUAAAGCUGCUGCUGUUGCUGCACCAAAACUCCCUAUCCAAGAAAAAGCCAAGGGAAUAACAAAAUAUUUUCAACCAAGUUCAAAGACUGCCAAUAACAACAAUGUUCAACCAUUACAUGGGAAAACUCCAACCCCUAGCUCUGUACAAUCUUCUCCAUCAAACGUGCGAGUAUCGCAAGAACCAACCACGAGUCGCAAUGCUGCAAAUGUUGAACCAUUAUAUGGUAAUACACCCGCUGAUAAUUCAGAAGAACCUGAAACGAGUGCGGCAAUUGAAGUCACCCCAAAGAAAAAACAUGUAUCAUUCUCUACAAAUAGGAAACGUGUACAUCAUCUUACUGUCGACGAUGAUGAAUCUGUCGAGGAUGAUGAUGAAAUGCGGAGCUUGCAUGCCUUCGAUGGUACACGUAUGCCAAAUGUGCAACCAAUAAUCAAGAGAAGCCGUCAGCAAUUUACACACCCUGAUUAUCGAGUUAUGGACGUAUAUAUAGCAGACACAUCCGGAGGAUAAGACAUGAAGAACUCAUUUACAAAGUAAUGGAACUCAAACAAAAUGGCCUGCUUAACUUUGGAGGGCUGGAAUCCCAAUUGCUCUUAAGUUUUAGUCUUAUGCGUUGUUUUCAUAUGAUGUUAGAUCUUAUUCACAUAAGUCAAUAGUUAAGUAAAUAGUUUUUAUACAAUUAAUUGUAGAUAUAAUUGAAAUGUUCUUUGUUAAAAGUCAUAAUUUAUUCUUCAAGCAUAUAGUAUCCGACGAGCAUCAUAUUCUGUAUAGAUAUUUGCCUAUAAAUUAAGAAAUCUAAAGUUUAUAACUAAAUAAAAUAUACCAAUAUGAUAAUCUACAUCACCAAUAAAGAACGAAUAAAUUGUCGUAAAAUUAUCUUAAAUUCUGAACAUUUCGAAAAAGUAAUUGAAGGCAUUCCAUUCUCUGAUAUUUCCAAGGUGUAUUUACAAGAUGCUGUCUUCUUUUGUGGCCUAAAACAUAAUGUUUAAUAAAAUAUAUACAUUAAAUAUUUAUUUUUUUUUUAACCAAAAUACACUUGUACGUUUUUUAUAUUUUUGUUGUUUGUUCUCUUUGAGGCAAAAAAAAAUCUUUCGACAUCAAAAAAAUUAAGGCUUGAAUUUCAUGAAUGUGGGACCUUAUUAAAUUGAAUUUCUAUAUUCCUAACGUAUAAUUUUGCAUACAAAAUACGGUGAAAUAAUAUCCUGUGAGAAUAAAAGCAAUUGUUAUUUCAUGAUUUUCAAAACAGAAGAAAGAUAAGUCCAAGAUGCACAACAAUUUUUACACUUCAGUAGCAACUUUUUUUCCACGCAGUGGAAGACAGAUAAGUCCAAGACCCACAACAAUUUUUACUCUUCAAUAGCAAAUUUUGCGCCACGCGGUGGAUGCAUUCUAUUUUAAAAAAUUUCUAAAUUACAACAAUUAUUUAAGCUUUUUGACCUAUUUAAUUUCAUAAGAAUUAUUAUGCCAUAUAAUUAUAAAUAAUCCAUAUAUUACACUGCUAAAUACAUAUACAUUAUCAUAAUUACCUUCUUUGUAAAGCCAAAUUAAACUCAAGACUUUUUGUUUUUAAUUUUAUUUUUCAUUUUAUUUUUCAUUCAUUUGUUGGGUUUUAUUUUUGUAACACAUUUAGUAAGAAAAUAAUUGAAUUGAAUUUAUUCUAUUCUUUUCUAAUUUCAUAUUUAUUGUAUUUUUGUUAAUAAACUAUUUUCUUAAAUUUCGUUUGUUUGCCAUCAUAUAGAAUAUCACAAACUUAGAGUGCAAGUAUGAUAAAACCAUUUUCCUCGAAAAUCAACUCAGAUAAAGUUGUGAUUUCUUCUCCCUAAUCCACUACACAUAAGACCUUUUUUUAGACUUUACAUAGUUCCACUUUAAGUAAGUAACAUCAUUUGAUCAAUAAUUGUAAUAAAAAUUCACAUGUUUCAAUACACAUACACAUAUAUGAA